AUGAAAGACAGUGCGCAGAACGUUUUGGAAAGUGGUUCCGGAAGUUCGGCGCAGAGUGCAAGUAAGCGGGAAGAAGAACCCAAAAGUGUAGUGAAGGCGAACGGUUCCAGCAGCCGUUCCGAAACAGUGCCCUGUCACAACGGUGGUCGAAGAGCUUCGCCCGAGGAAUUCACCGGAGAGGCUGGUGAACUCGGAGAAGGCGGCCACACCGAAGAAGACAACAGUGCAAAGGAGAUGGCGGAGAUAGAGCGGUUCAGCGACGUCGUCCACCAGCGUGAGCUGGCUCAAGGUAAGCUUGUUACCAUUCUUGACAGCUUGAAAGAUGCCACGACGCUCACAUGGGCAGCGUUGAAGACGUGCCAGAAGGAGGUAGAAGCCGCGUACGAUGCGUACCACACGGCGUACGGGCAGAUCCUUGGCAUGGUUCCGUCAACAUCACGGGACGAGCAAGAUGCCCUCUACGACGCCUUCGACGACCUGCACACAGAGGUCCUGACGGUCAUCGAAGAGAAGCUGCUAGAAGUGAGCCAGCCCACACGACGAAGAAACGCGUACACGCCUGGUGUACCACAAUGGGUGGACGAGACAACGAACCCAACAACCGCUAAGAUCGUCGGAUGCGCCAACGAGGCGGCCAUCGACGAACCCCAGAAGUGUCCCGGGAAGCUGCUGGCAGAGCAGCUGGACACGGAAGAUCGGGUACGACCGGAGUUUACCAUCCCGCAUGGUGAACGGUCCGAGAACAACCACAAGAUUGAGAAGCCCAAGACCGUCAUCGAGACGAACAAGAUCGCUGACGUGGAGGCCACGUCACAAGCCAAGAAGACACCCGGACUAACCGCAACGGACAACCCGGGUCAGCAGCAAAUGGCCAUGACCGCCGGAAGAGAGCCGGCACAGACGUGCGACGUGUGCGGACUAGGCCAGCACAAGAGCUGGAAGUGUCCGCAAUUCCUGGAGAAGACAGUCCCCGAGCGGCUGUUUAAGACAAAAGAGAAGCGCCUCUGCUUCAACUGCCUCCGUACGGGACAUACCUCGGCGCAGUGUGUGUCCACCGGAGCGUGCGCGACGUGCAGGAAGCGGCACCGCACCCUGCUGCACGCCGAGUACCGGAUUAACCCCAAGCAAUCGACAUCACAGACAAAGGUGGAGCAACCUGGUGCUCCACAACAAGCCGAACCGAGUCCAGUGACGCCAGAGGCCAGCUCCUCUGGACAAGGACAAGCAGCGCCCGACGCGCUGACAGCCGUCGCGGACUUUCGGAAUAAACCCUGCAGCCCACACCCCUGCCGUGGUUUAUUAAUAGCAGCAACCAAGAAUGAAGCACAUUUGACGAAGGACACUCUGGACGGACACAACGCAAACGAGAUGGCUGGCGUCGAGCGGAUGCAGCCACGUUCCGACACAUCGAUGAUUCCUGCUGGAGUCCAACUCGCCGUCAGAGUCAACUUGGUGGCUCUGCGCGAGACGAGCUUCAGCCAGGUCUUGGACGGCACGAUUGGAAGUGGCGCAGCACACGAAGAAACGGUCCUGAUUCAAGGCACGGGGUUGGAGGAUCGACCCAAGCUGGAGCAGCACACCGAAGCCUGUGCACGAGAAGUUCGAACCUACAAGGAUUCAAGUGAGGUGAGUGAUCCAAUGGAUUUGAAGCAAGUUUACCUGCCGUUCCACGUGAUGCUGGAACAUUCGAAGACGACGCUGGCUUUUCAAGCCGAGCGAUUCCUGACCAAGGACACAAGGUUCAAGGUCCCACGACGCAGCGCUCUGCUGCACUCAGCAGCGUACUUGAGAACUACAAACGCAUGUGGAGGAGUAACGGUGCGUACAAGGGCGGCCUCGGCGCCGCACAAAGCUGCUGCAGUUGCCACACAGCCGAGCUAUGAGUGCUCGAAACAUUCCGUAGCUGCAGCACCGGCAAGGAAGACUGGAGGACUCGGUCCACACGAGCGAUCGGUAAACGCCGACCCACUGAAGCGAGCGUCACCAGACGGGACAGAAGAAAGUCCAUGGAGAAGCAGAACAAGAUGCCGGUUUCCGACAAUCGGCAAGCACCAACAAUCCCUGGAGUACAUUCCACAAGUCGGCCAGGCCUUUUGGCGGCCCCUGCGACUGUCAACUGCGCUGACCGGCACAUUCUGUAAGAACGCAACGAAGAUUAGCCCGGUUUUGGACAACAGGGCGAAAGGGGUUCGUAUCGACUUGCGGGUCUCAAGAGCGCCCGGCGAAGAAAUGAAAGAACACACAACUGGUCAAAGUACGGCCACACAUGGGAGGCGAAAGAGUGACCUCUGGAUCGCCUGGAUAUCAACGGCAGUUCUUCGCGGGUGGAGGAUGUUCGAGCCUGACAGCUUCAGCUCGAAGAAAAUUUUGAUGUUUUGGCAGCACAGCGCUUGCUGCGAUGACAAUUGGAAAGAAGUUGGCAACCCAGUCUGCGUCGUUGCCAACAACGAGAAAAACGCGCGCAACGACGUGCGCGCGGCUAGCAACAGCGCGUCGACGACGACGCCCGAAGAGAAGAAAAGAGCGCGCGAAACGACUUGCGCGGCAACAGCGCGCCGUUGACGACGGCGAAGGAGAGAGAGAGCAAAAACACGAACGACGAGAGAAUUUUUGGCGCGCAACAAAGAGCAGCGAGCAGAAGUGAGCGCGUCGAGACAAGUUUGUCGCAAGCAGCCGAACCGGUCGGACGUCAAGUCGAGCGCGUCGCGAUCGUCGGAAGAAACAGCUAGAGUUCUUUAAAUUAGUUUAGUAAAAUAGAUGAUUAAGAGAAACUUCUAGUGUUUUUGCUGUUUGCGAAAUUUCCGACCCUCCCGAACUGGUUCCCCAAGUCCGCCGGAAGUUUGUGUAAAAAAUACAGUCCGCUC